AUGAGAUAUAAUAGCAUUUUUGUUUUCUUAAUAUUCAAAAGAAUAAUCUAUUUAAGUAAUUUUAACAAUAUUUUAGCCAAUUGUGUUCCGACCAUAUGUUUAUAGUACAGGGGAAAUAGCUCAUAUUGCGAAAUUUGUGCUUCAGGCAAUUAUUUAAGCAGUAAUGAUUGCUAUUAAUGUACAAAACCUUGUGCAGAUUGUUCAAUUAAUGGAAUCAAUUGUAGUACUUGUGUUGAUACUUAAAAUUAAACAACUCCUUCAUGUAAUUGUGUUGAUGGGUACAUAAUGAAUACUUCAACAUACUUAUGCGAUUAAUGUUAACAUCCAUGCGCUACAUGCUAAACAACAGUAGAUUAUUGUUUAACAUGUGCUGCGACAUAUACUAUAGAUUCGAAUACUCAUACAUGUUCAUGCUUAACUAGUUAAUAUGAAGUAAAUGUUACACCAUAAACAUGUUAAAAUUGUACUAGCCCAUGUGCAACUUGUAUAUUAUCUGCAACUAAUUGUGGUUCAUGUGUAAUUGGACUAAAUCGAAAUCUAUAAACUAACUAAUGUGUUUGUGAUGAUGGAUAUUAUGAAAAUACUACUUGUUUACCUUGUUAAGAACCAUGCAUUUAUUGUACUUCAUUAUCAGUAUGUACAUCAUGUAAAGAUCCAACUCAUUAAUCAGGAUCUUCAUGUGAUUGUUACCCAACUUAUUUUAUGAAUGCCUCUUUUAUGUGUUAAAAUUGUGUAGCACCAUGUUAAAAUUGUACUUCAGAAUCGCUAUGCAUAUCAUGUGUAUAAAAUUAUUAUAUUUCUGGAAAUACUUGUUUAUAAUGUACCUCGCCAUGUUAUAAUUGUGUGGAUCUUCCUACAAAAUGUACUUCAUGCGUUGAUUCAAAUAUGACACCAAUCAAUAAUUUAUGCAGUAAUGGUGGUUGUUCUGAUGGAUAUUUCAUGGAUGAAUCAUUAAAUUGUCUACCUUGUAUUCAUCCUUGUCUUAAGUGUUAAACAGAUGGCGAUCAUUGUUUAGAGUGUGCAACUACAUUUGAAAUGAGUACUACCACUCCAAAUAUAUGUGUUUGUCCUGCUCAAAAAUAUCUAGUAGUAACUAAUAAUCCUACUGAUUGUCAGUCUUGUACUCAACCAUGUGAUACGUGUUCGGGAACAGCAGAUCAUUGUUUAACAUGCAUAGAUGUUAACUAGACUGUUGAUGCAUCAAAUGAAUGUUAAUGCAAUCCUGGUUUUUUGAUGAAUGGAGUAAAUUGUGUAGCUUGUCAAGAUCCUUGUCUAUAAUGUUAAGGAAGUCCAAAUUAUUGUACUGAAUGUAAAGAUAGUAGACAUUAUAUAUCUAAUGGAUAUUGCAUUUGUAGCCCUGGUUUUACAAAUGAUUAUAACUAUAAUUGUAUACCUUGUUAAGAUCCUUGUACGACUUGUUCAACAAAUGAUACUCAUUGUGAUAGUUGCACAGAUCCUAAUCAUUUUGUCAAUUCAUCUAAUCAAUGUAUCUGUAAUGAUGGUUACUAUUCAAAUACUAUUAAUACAUGUGCAUCAUGUGUAUAACCAUGUGAAUUAUGUGAUAUCAAUGGAUGUUUAACUUGUAUUGAUACUAAUUAAAUAAUAAAUUCUUCUAAGAAUUGCGUUUGUAAACCAGGUUAUUAUUAAGUUGGCUUAAAUUGUUCAUAAUGUGUAACACCAUGUUAAACAUGUGAAAUCAAUUAGGAUCAUUGUUUAACAUGCACUGACAUUCAUUAAACUCAAAUCAAUAACUUUUGUAUAUGUAAUGAUGGAUAUUUUGAUGUCAAUCAUAUUUGCUAACAAUGCUAAUAUCCAUGCACAAAAUGCGAAUUAUAAAAUGAUCAUUGUCUUGAAUGUUUAGAUCCAAAUCAUGAUUUAAUCAGUAAUAAAUGUUUAUGUAAAUAUGGAUUUGGCUCUUCAGGAAUUAAUAAUAUCAAUUGUUCACUCUGUUAAUAUCCAUGUCUUGAUUGCUCAAGUAGUGUGAACAUUUGUCUCUCUUGCAUUGAUAAUAAUAGAUUCAAACUUGAAAAUAACAAAUGUGUAUGUAAGUAAGGUUAUUUUGAUGCUGGAACUGAUUGUUUAUAAUGUUCAUCAUAAUGUUCUACUUGUUCGGAAUAAUCUAAUAAAUGUUUAUCAUGUUCUGACCCUAAUCAUUAAUUAUAAUUAAAUGAUUGUUAUUGUAAACCAGGUUAUUAUACUGAUAAUUAAAAGAAUUGUUUACAAUGUUAACAUCCUUGUAUAACUUGUAAUUAAGAUUUUUGCAUAUCUUGUUAAGAUGGAUAUAAUCUUGUUGAAGGAUAAUGUAAAUGUGAAGAUGGGUAUUAUUAUAUUGAUUUUCAUUGUGAAUAAUAAUUAGAAUUGUAGUAAAUGUAACUCAUAAUAUGAAUGUACCGAAUGUAUAGAUUAAUAUUAUCUAUAAAAUAAUUAAUGUUUAAAAUGUCAUUUUCCAUGUUUAGAAUGUCUUGAUAUUUAAACUUGUAAAACAUGUUCUGAUAAUUAUAUCAUUGAUGAUCAAGGAAAAUGUACAUAAUGCAUCUAAAAUUGUGAAUAUUGUAUUGAUUCAACAAAUUGUGUUAAGUGUUUUGAUGAAUUCUAUUAUCAUGAUUAAGCAUGUAUUCCUUGUUCCGAUUAAUGUUAGACUUGUGUAUAAGACAGUAAAUUUUGCACAUCCUGUAAAGAUUCAAAUCACAUAUUAAUUAAAAAAACAGGUAUUUGCUAUUAAAAAAAUAAUUUUGGAGAUCAUGAUGAUUAUAAUAAUUUGGAAUAAAUACUAUUACUCCAAGAUAUCAGAUGCAAUUAAAAUUAAUUAUUAAUAGGUUAUGAAUGUAUUAAUUAAUGUGGAAAUGGUUUACUUAAUGAAUAAUAUGAAUAAUGUGAUGAUGGUAAUCAACUUGGAGGAGAUGGAUGCUCCUUUCUUUGUAUUCAAGAGGAUUCCUAUUAGUGCAAACACUUUGUAAAUUCUCCUAGUAUUUGUUCAUUUAUUCAAGCUCCAGAUUUUAGAUUGA